AUGUUUCAGGGGCUACUGGCUGUCUUUUACAACCUGGGUGACAGACCCUACAACCUCACGCUGCCCUUCCAUCGCCUUGACAAUGGAGAAUGGCACGAGGUGGAGCUUCAUCGUCAUGGUAAAGAGUUCACCCUUCAAUUGGACGGUGGCGGCGGAAGGCGGGAGGUCACGGCCGCUCCUGGGCGGAGUCAGGAGAUAGUCAUCGACCAAUCAGUGGUGAUGCUGGGAAACUCCUUCCCCUCAGGACACAACCGCAGCUUCCUAGGGUGUCUACGAGACCUAAGGCUGAAUGGGCGGCCCAUGCCCAUUGCCAAGCAGCCCUCCGUGGGGUCUGAGGGGCUCCAGGUGGUCACUUCUCAGGGGGUCUCCCCAGGCUGCCCCUCAGACGCCUGCAGGAACCACCAGUGCUCUCCCCCCUUCAUUUGCAUGGACCUCUGGAGGAAACACGAGUGCAGGUGCCCCCCUGGUCACAUGAUGAAGAAGAAUGCCUCGGGCAAGGUCUGCGUCUACACGCUGUGCGCCAGCAGGCCCUGUCGCCAUGGCACCUGUGUGGCCCACUCCCCCUCCAAGUACUCGUGUCACUGCUCGGAGGGCUAUCGCGGGCGCCACUGUGAGGUCUCUCUGGCACUGUACCACAACGACGACAACAACACGCUGAGCCUCAGCUCUGCGUUUGCCAUCAGUAUCUGUGUCCUGGCCUUCCUAGUGCUGAUGCUUGGCCUGUUCCUCUACUCCUGCUGGAGGAGACACAAGGGCCUGAAGGAGAGCGUCUACCACGUAUCAGCACACCACGGAGAAUGGGAGGACAUCCGAGAGAACGUGCUCAACUAUGAUGAGGAGGGCGGAGGGGAGCAUGACCAGAAUGUCUUCAACAUGGUGGAGUUACAGAGGUCUCUGCAGCCCAGCCCAGCCCAGUCACUGAGAUACAGCUACCCACAAUGCAUAAUCUCCUACCCUCAGACGACCAAGCCACCGGACACCAAGAAUGGGACCAAACCAAAAGGAUCAAACGGACCCAAAAACGGCAGCACGGCAAUCGCCCUGCGCCUGGCCCACCCUCCGUCCGGGUCGGCUACCCUACCCUCUCCCCUCACCAUGCGACGAUCCCAUAAGUCCCUUUCCUUCUCCAGUCAGGACCUGGCCCGCUACCUGUGUGAGGUCAUAAGGGACACGGACCAUCCCCUGGGGGACAACCCUGGCUACAUGACCUCACCGCGUCUCCUGUCCAAUAGGGGGCAGCAUGGUGGUCUAGCCGUGCGCUCACUUAGCUCCCUCAGUGCUGGAGGUCAGGGGUCAGAGGUUAGGGUUCAGGGGAGUCAGGAGAGCCUGGAGCGUCAGAGAGCCCAGAGCCCACGGCUGGACAGGCUCAAAGCCCUGCGAGCUGUAGUCAGUGAGCUCAGAGUGGACACUGCUGUAGACUCUGCUGCCACCAAGAGCACAGAGGGACAGAAGGACAAAGUGAAGGAGAGGGAGGGGGCGGCCCAACUGUGAGAAGAGAGCAUGAGACUGGAGUUGUGACAUUUUUUAAUCGAUUGAUCCAAAGAUGGCGUUGGGAAAAAAACAAAUGAGAACAAAUAUUUAAGAAAUGUACAUUUCUGAUUUGUAAUCCCUUUGUAAAGUAUUCUAUGGGUGGAUUGUGGCAAAAAUGUGAUACAUCUUUGAUGUGACAUAUUUUACAACCAAUCUGGAAAAGCAGCACCAUUUUCUUGGCAAUGCCCUGUCUAUACCCCACAAAAACAUAUGUAAAAGAAGGCAAAAGUCAUCUAGAUUAUAAAUAGGGUUCCUUUUUUGUUGUUGAUAAUUAACGUAAUAUAAUUUCUGUGAGAAAAAAUAAUAUUUUGUUUGUUUUGUUUUGAUUUAACGCCUUUUAAAUAAAUGAAAAUCUUUGAUAAAGAAAUCAGAAAAACAUUUACAAAUUGAUGUCUGUGAUAAUAAGCCAUUGCUAUCUUUGAGGUUCAUUUUUGUGAUGCAUUUUUUGUUUCAGAUUUUUACCAACCCAUUUUCUUUAUCAAAAGCUAUGUUGGGUAAAUGCAUGCCUCUAUUCCUCAGC